CUCCCUCCUCUGUCCCAUGGGGAGUGGGAAGGGUUUAGUGGCCCCUGUGACACUUCAGUACACUGAGGGUGCCUGAAUUGCGGGGCAGGAUGGUUCUGCUGCGGUAUUAUGGAAUGACAGCCACGUCUACUAAUUGUAUUCCUAAACAGACUGCAGAUUGCACAGACUCUGUGUUUCCUCUAGGGCUAUACAUAGAGUUGUAAUUUAAAUCGGAAGUCAGUUUGAGGAUGAAAGCUGAGAUAACAGAGACGUCAAAUCACCUAAACUUUAUUAUAUGGCAGCUGGCCCGCUAUCAUCCCCUCAGCGCAGCCCUUCAGGGGAAAUGCCGGCUCCACAGGGAGAGCCCGGCUCCACAGAGAUCCCCGCUUUUCAGGGGAAGCCCGGGUCUACAAGGGAGAUCCCAGCUCCUGAGGGGAAAUCCCGGCUCCACAGGGGGAGCCCGGCUCCUCAGGGGAGAUCCCCGCUCCUCAGGGGUGAUCCCGGUUCCGCAGAGGAGAUCCCGGCUCCUCAGGCGGGAUCCCGGUUCCGCAGAGGAGAUCCUGUCUCCUCAGGAGGGAUCCUGGUUCGGCAGAGGAGAUCCCGGCUCCCCGGAGGAGAUCCCGGCUCCUCAGGCGGGAUCCUGGUUCGGCAGAGGAGAUCCCGGCUCCCCGGAGGAAAUCCCGGCUCCUCAGGCGGGAUCCCGGCUCCCCCGCCCCGCCGUUCCCCAUGGCCGUCGGGCGGCGCUCGCUCUCCAGCACCGCCCCGGCCCCUCAGACCGGCCGCCCCCGCUCUCGGCGGAGGGUUGCGCGGGGCGCGUAUCUUGUUUCUCCGUGACUUGCUGCGAUUUCGGUUUUGUUAAUUCAUUUCACCCGUGGUAUUCUCCCGUCGGGUUUUCAUUCGCAGGCUGCAGGUUUCUCCCCCACCCCCCCCCUUCCCCUC